CAGCUCAGCAUGGAGUCGAGGGAGGUGGAGGAAGCUGCUGAUGGUAAAUCUCAGCCUGUUUGACACAAGCUGCUCUGGACGCCUCAGAGUGGCACCAUGACGGAUGUGGGACUUCAUGUGAUUCUGAGCAGCGUCCUGUCCGGCAUCCUGCUGCUCGCCGUGGUCGCGCUGCUUUGUUUCUUCACCUGCAGACUGUCGGGAGCGCUGCCUCUGGGUGGACCGGGCAGAGUGUGAGGUUUCAUCUGAGGAAUGCUUCUCAGAGCAUGUUGUGACAGACGAGAGGAACACGACCGCACGCAGACGACAACAUGAAGGUGAUGGCGCUGCUCGUCAUGAGCUGCGGUCUGAUCCUGGGGAGUCUGGUCCUGGGGGGUCUGGGGAAGCCACAGUUCCCUGAGCAAGAGAAGGAGCCUCAGUUCUGGAAUGCAUGGGCCCAGCGGACCCUGAAAAACGCCCUGAUGCUGCAGAAUCUCAAUCAAAACAAAGCAAAGAAUCUCAUCCUCUUCCUCGGAGACGGGAUGGGCGUUCCCACGGUAACGGCUGCCCGGAUACUGAAGGGUCAGCUGAGCGGACAGAGUGGAGAAGAGACACAGCUGGAGAUGGACAAAUUCCCUUUUGUCUCUUUGGCCAAGACGUACAACACCAACGCACAGGUACCCGACAGCGCCGGCACAGCCACGGCUUACCUCUGCGGCGUGAAGGCCAACGAGGGCACGGUGGGCGUGAGCGCAGCCGCCGUCCGAUCCCAGUGUCAAACUACGAAGGGGAACGAGGUCACCUCUAUCCUCCGCUGGGCCAAGGAUGCAGGAAAGUCGGUGGGGAUUGUGACCACGACGCGAGUCAACCAUGCCACUCCCAGUGCUGCGUACGCCCACAGUGUGGACAGAGACUGGUACUCGGACAACGAGAUGCCAGAUGAAGCCGUGCAGGCCGGAUGCAAGGACAUCGCCCAGCAGCUCUUCGAAAACAUUCCCAACAUUGAUGUGAUCAUGGGCGGCGGGAGGAAGUACAUGUUCCCCAAAAACCAGUCGGAUGUGGAAUAUCCCGACGUGGCGAAGCACAGCGGUACACGUAAAGAUGGGAGAAGCCUGGUUCAGGAGUGGAGCGACAGAAUGAAGGACAAAAAAGGCCAUUAUGUGUGGAACAAGAAGCAGCUGUUAUCUCUGAACCCGAACAGCGUGGAUUACUUAUUGGGUCUCUUUGAACCCGGAGAUCUGCCGUUUGACCUGGAGAGGAACUCUGAGACUGAUCCUUCGCUCACAGAGAUGGUGGAAGUGGCCAUCAAGAUCCUGAGGAAGAACCCCAGUGGAUUCUACCUGCUGGUAGAAGGGGGACGUAUUGACCAUGGACACCAUGAGGGCAAGGCCAAGCAGGCUCUGUAUGAAGCUGUGGAGAUGGACCGGGCCAUCGGUCAGGCCGACCUCAUGACGAGUAUCCACAACACGAUGACCAUAGUAACUGCAGAUCAUUCUCACAUGUUCAACUUCGGAGGCUACACUCUCAGAGGAAACACCAUAUUUGGCCUGGCCCCCAUGGUGAGUGACGUUGAUCAGAAACCCUUUACCUCCAUUUUGUAUGGGAACGGACCAGGUUUCAAAAUGGUCAACGGUGCGAGGGAGAACGUUUCCACUAUCGAUUACCAGGAAAACAACUACCAGGCCCAGGCAGCCGUACCUCUGAAGAUGGAGACUCAUGGAGGAGAGGAUGUUGCUGUGUUUGCUAAAGGCCCCCUGGCUCACCUGCUCCACGGGGUCCAUGAGCAGAACUACAUCCCCCAUGUGAUGGCCUACGCAGCCUGCAUCGGCCAGAACAGGGAACACUGUAUGUCAUCCGGCGGGACGUCAGGUCUACGGCCCGUCCUCUCCAGCGUCGCAGCCCUUCUCACAGUCUCCAGACUGUUCUGCUGACUUAACCCUGACGUGUUGACUGCACAUUUCAAAGGACACAUUCGACACUGAAACAAGAGGCAACUGAAUAUAUAGUUGAUAAAACAGUCAGAAAUAUGUCUGUGUCUUACCUGGUGUGUAGAUAAAGCUGUGAAAUACUCCACCUACCAUCGUUGUGUCCAGUAAGGGAAGUUGUAAAAUCUCUAACCAAUAAAAAAGUUUGUUUUCUGAUAA